UGAUACUGGAAUUUCUUGUGUCAACAAAAUUUAUCAUUUGAAAAACUGCGCAGCACAGCGAUCUGCUAUGUUGCCUGUCUUGAACUGACAAAAGGAUACUAAUAAUCGAUAAAAGCGAAAAGCUCAUUAAGAAAUCAGUCAAGUCCACCAACGAAUAGCUUCGGUCAGUGACCUACAUAUCAAAUAGAAAAACCUGUACCGGUCGCGCAGCGGAAUUUUUACUGCGCCGUAUUUAUUUCCGCGUGACCUUGUUUACAUUUUUAAACCGUUGAGUCGGCGGAUUUUACCUGAGUGUAAAAGAAAGUGGUAAACCAAAUAAACUGUGAUCCAUUUUUUAAAACGAUUCUUGCAAAGAUGGCCGAAAAACAUCGAACAGUUAUCGUGGCAAUGGAUGGGAGCGCAGAUUCUGUCAAUGCAUUCAAAUGGUUUUGCAAAGCACUGAAACGUGCUGACGAUAAAGUGGUCAUGGUGUAUUCCGUAGAGGUCUACGACUCGAUGUACGCCACUCAAUGGUUUAAUGUCCCGUACUCCGUGGACAGGGCAGCACUAAAGGCAAUGUUAGAAAAACACGCCGAGGAAAUAAAAAAGAAACUGGAACAGUUUGCAGAAAUCAUGAAAACUGAACACGCAUCGGGCACAGUUCGCAGCACACAUGCCGAAAAACCAGGCGAGGGAAUCCUGAAAUCUGCCAAAGAGCUCAACGCUGACAUGAUAGUAAUGGGGUCCCGGGGGCUAGGGACUGUUCGAAGGACGAUCCUGGGGAGUGUCAGUGACUAUGUCCUCCAUCACUCUCCCGUACCUGUCAUCAUCUGUCGACCAGAGUAAAUUUGCAUUGUAUCACGAAGUAGAUGUUCUCAAUCAGUUGCAAUAGUUUCAAUGAAUUAUGUGUCUGUAAUGUUUGUGAAUAGUUGGAGUCAGUUUAAACAAAAUAAUGUAUGAAAAAGAUAAUUUGUUUCAUAACAUAUCUCUCUCUCUCUCUCUCUCUCUCUCUCUCUCUCUCUCUCUCUCUCUUCUAAACACUUUGUAGAAAUAUUUCGACCGUGUUACCGGUCUUCUUCAGUUGUGCUUUCAUGUAUACAUUUGUGUAUAUAUAUAUAUAUAUAUAUAUAUAUAUAUAUAUAUAUAACUUCGGAAUGAACAAAAACGUGUAGUUUCCUUUCAUAUUUUUUGUUAGAUUUUAUUUUUUGUACGCCGUUAUAAAGGUUCACGGUUAAUUUGUAACAUCAUACGGAAAUAUAUAUUGAUCUAUACACAUGUAGUAAAAACUAAAUGUUUGUGUGAAACAGGCUCCAAGAUAACUGUAGAGUGUAACUGAGCUCACAUACACGGUGUAGAAUACGUUGAAUGGCGUCCAAUCAUUAUAUAGAUGUAGCGUGAUAGUAGAGUACAAUAUGAUAUAUAACAUUAGGCAUUAUAGUGGAAAGAAAGUUAGCGUUAUUGCAUGUAAUAAGAUCUGUGAAUAUAGUAUAUAUUGUAACGGGCUUUGACAUGUAAUAAAAACAUUGGUAUACCUAUACAGCUGCGUGUUUAUGUUGGUAUCAAUGGUUGGACAGUGAUAACUUACAGAUUUACUUUCUAUAUGGUACGCUUUUAUAUUUGUGUAGAUAUAUGUAAGUUAGAAUGGAGAAUUAAAAUCGGAUGUUCUUUGUUAAGCCCUGUAUGAUUGUUCUUCUUAGUUUUUAUUUAUAACGUAAGAAACAUGCCAAAAUCAAAAUGACGUCUUUUCGGAUUUUUGUUUCUCUAUAUAUUUUACAUAUAUUGGAUAAAGAUAUUCGUGAAAUUGGUCAUUCUUUUUUAUGUGUAAUUAUGAUAUAUGGGAAUAAAGACGUUCAAAGUUUAAA